CUCUCACCAAGAUUCCACCAACGCGACAACAACCGCUCCUCCCUCUUCUCCGGCUACGACCAACGCUCUCGCCCCACCUCCACGUCGCCAAACCCGUAUACCGCGAGCAAUGGCUACAGUAUUCCUUCGUCCUCGAACAGCACAUUCGCAGCAUACCCGGGCAACGGCGGCAUAGGCACAGAAAGAGCGGGCUCGGGCGCGAGUUUCAGAUCAGCGACGCCGGAUAAAAGGGGUGCUUAUAGUGAUGCCGUGCUCUCUGAGCUGGAAAGUCAGAACGACGAGCAGGUUUCUGAGAUGAGUAAGAAGGUUGGCAUGUUGAAGGAUCUCACCCUCCGCAUCGGCGACGAAAUCCGCGACUCGACGGCUCUGGCGGAAAAGAUGAAUGAUCAGUUCUCGAAUACGAGUAAUAAGCUCAAGGGGACCAUGAACCGUAUGUUGCGUAUGGCACAGAGUACGGGUGUUGGAUGGAAGGUGUGGCUCAUCUUCUUUGCCUUUGUCACCGCCUUGUUCUGGUAUGUCUGGUUGUUCUAG